AUGGAGAAGCUCCAGGGAGCUCAGACCCCCACAUCCCUCAACAACAAGAUCAUCAACAACAACAUGGUCCCUUACGGCUGUCCACCAGGCGCCGCUCUCGGGGAGCCCAAACCCUACCCGCCCGAUACUCGAUCUAUGGACUCGGCCGCCUUAGAGCAGGUUGUCAACCAACUAGUUAUGAAUAGACAUAAGCAAAUGCAGAGCGAUGGAGCCAAUGGCCAUCAUCCCCCGCUUGGAUUGCCCUCUCUUGGUGCCCCCUAUGGCAGUCACCCUGGAGGGAUCGAAGCUCAACAGCAAGCCAGUGGCGGCGCUUAUCCCCCGAUACCGCACCUCCCUAACUUCUCGCAGAUGGGAUUACCCCGGCUGCCCAGUGCGCCUAUUGUAUCCGUGACUGUUGAAGGUGUUAACUUCAGCUAUCAGUUAACAGAGGACGACCUGCGGAAAGUUUUCUCACGUUAUGGUGAAGUUCGCGAGGUCACCGUCAAUCCGGACGGAGGAUCUGCUAUUAUCCGCUUCUCCAGUAUGGGCGAAGCGGAGCAUGCUGUCAGAGACUUACAUGGAAAGACGCUCAAUGGAGUGCGAGGAAGCCUCAGUGUCCAAUGGCACAACACUGGAGGGACGUACGGCAAGUAUAACUCCUCACCAUCUAUUGUGUCGCCUGAUGAUGAUGGUAUGGAUGGUGGUAGAAUCAGGAAGUACACGUGUCGGUUCGAGAUUGGUAUAGAGAAUGAUAGAGAGUUUCACGUGGCCAGGCGCUUGAUUGGGCAGAAGGGCGCCAAUAUGAAGAGGAUCGUUAAGCUGUCUAACGCCAAGCUCCGUCUUCGUGGGCAGGGCUCUGGGUUCUUGGAGGGCACGGCUAAAGAGGAGUCCCAUGAGCCCCUGCACAUGUGUGUCUCUUGUAAGGAUCCAGAGGGGUACAGAAUUGCGGUGUCGGAGAUGCGCAUGUUGUUAGAGCAAGUGUAUGGUGAAUAUAGACUUUUCUGCAGGGAGAGGAACAUCCCUUAUCCGGAAGACCUGCAAGUGCUUGUGAAGGAGAAUCCUCUGGUAUCGAGUCCAAGGGCGGCAACCGAUGCAUCACAGACUCCGGCCCUAGGUGGCAAUGGUAAGAGACGAUAUGGACGCCAACAGAGUGGAUACUCGUCCUACGAGGGGGAUCAUGUGGGUUCCGGUGGACUGUGGAAUGGUGGGGAAUUCCAUCCUGUCUUUGGUCCGAGUUAUGGAGGCGAUGCUGAUCAUUUCGAAAUGCCACCUGGCAUGCCAUCUGUUGAGGAGAUUGAGCGUCUUAUCGAGGAGAGGAACAACGCUAGGAGGGUGUGCAACUUCAAGGAGGCUGAUAGAAUUAGAGACCUGCUUAAAGCUAAUGGGAUUGGCCUUAUGGAUGAACCAGGUGGUCGUGGCAGAGGGUCUGAGGUCACCACCUGGAGGUUCUGGCGUCAAUAG